UCUGCUCAGCAGACUGCAGUUUCCUGCAAAUGCAAAACUGAAAUCCAUCUUCGUGUGGACUCCUUAUUGUCCAGGGGGCUUGUGUGUCUUCUUACCUUCUGUUUCUUUCCCCAGAUCUCUCUUUUCAAAAAGAAGGUCUACUCUGCUGCUAGCAAUGCAUUCUGAGAGGUGGUUACGUUGCCGUUACCCUGCUUUCUGUGUGUUGGCAUUCAUGUUCACAUCCUUGAUUAAAGAUACCACAGCCUGUGAAUCAGAGGAACGGUUGUUUCACAAACUCUUCUCCCAGUACAACCAGUUCAUCAGACCAGUGGAAAAUGUGUCUGAUCCUGUCACUGUGUAUUUUGAAGUCGCCAUUACCCAGCUCACAAAUGUGGAUGAAGUCAAUCAGAUCAUGGAAACAAAUCUGUGGCUAAGACAUAUUUGGAAUGACUAUAAGUUGCGAUGGGAUCCCAGAGAAUAUGAUGGUAUUGAAUUUGUUCGGGUACCAGCAGAUAAGAUUUGGAAACCAGAUAUUGUCUUGUAUAAUAAUGCUGUGGGAGAUUUUCAAGUUGAAGUCAAGACCAAAGCCCUCCUUCGCUAUGAUGGAAUGAUCACCUGGACACCACCAGCUAUUUUUAAAAGCUCCUGUCCUAUGGAUAUUACCUUUUUCCCAUUUGACCAUCAGAACUGUUCCCUGAAAUUUGGCUCAUGGACCUAUGACAAAGCCAAAAUUGAUCUUCUGAUCAUCGGAUCCAAAGUAGAUAUGAAUGACUUUUGGGAAAAUAGUGAAUGGGAAAUUGUUGAUGCUUCUGGCUACAAACAUGACAUCAAAUAUAACUGCUGUGAAGAGAUCUAUACAGACAUAACAUACUCCUUUUAUAUUCGAAGGUUGCCCAUGUUUUAUACGAUAAAUCUGAUCAUUCCCUGCCUCUUCAUCUCAUUCUUGACUGUGUUAGUUUUUUACCUGCCAUCUGACUGUGGCGAGAAAGUGACUCUCUGCAUCUCUGUGCUCCUUUCUCUGACUGUAUUUUUACUGGUGAUCACAGAAACAAUCCCAUCCACCUCUUUAGUAAUUCCCCUUGUAGGAGAAUAUUUACUAUUUACUAUGAUAUUUGUGACUCUGUCAAUUGUCAUCACGGUGUUUGUCCUGAACAUACAUUACAGGACUCAAACUACACACACAAUGCCCAAAUGGGUAAAAACAGUCUUUCUUAACCUGCUCCCCAAAGUCCUGUUGAUGCAGAGACCACUAGAACAGCAGAAAAAAUACCUGUCCAGAAAAAACAAGAAAGGAUCAGCCCAUACACCAGGCAAGUCAAAGCACAGCAAACACAAAGAUGCCAAAUUACACAAGGAGCAGCGAUGCAGUCACUGUGAUAAUGCAGCUGAACUCACUACCACCAAAAGAAGACAGCUGAGCCAUCCAUCACUGAAAUGGAUGGCAGAGCACAUGGAGUACUCCCCAGAAGUGAAGGAUGUCAUUAGCAGUGUUCAGUUCAUCGCGGAGAACAUGAGAUCUCAAAAUGAAACCAAAGAGGUGGAAGAUGAUUGGAAAUACGUAGCUAUGGUAAUAGACAGAGUAUUCCUCUGGGUUUUUAUAAUCCUCUGUGUGUUUGGGACUGCAGGGCUCUUCAUCCAGCCACUAAUAGCAGAUCUGUAACUCGAUUCACUGCUUUUUAUCCACUUCUUUUCUUGGUUCAUUUUCAGUUCAGAACUGUUCCCUGUGUAUCUGUCCUCUUCCAUAACCCCUUUCCUCAUCACUGCUUCAGCAUCCAGGCACAGAGGAAAGGAAAAAGAGAGGGAAGGGCCACUGGGAAAGCAAACAUCCUAAAACAGAGUAAGAAGAGGACUGAAAAUGGAAGAUGGGCAUGGGGUCUUUCCCUCAGUGAGAUCAGCAAUAACAAUCACACUGAUGAUCAGAGGAGCAGAAUGAAGUUAUUGAGCUUUUCCCUUGGUUUCAGAAUAGGGGGCUACUAGGUCAGCUCUGGUGCUUCUGAGUGCAUUACCCAAAGACAACUCUACCUGGCUUAAUUUUUCUCUCCUGAUUAUAACUCUCUCUCAGCUUUGAGUUAAUUUACAUUUUUUCUCUAUUUCUCUCCCUGUACAACAGCUAGUUUUUUGGCAUGGUUCUUAGAUGAGCUACCACAGUCCUGACCGUACCAAUGCUCUUUCUCCUGUCCUUGUUUGAAGUCAGCCAAUAAAAGCACAAAA